GUUUGAUUCGCUCGGAGGUAAUUUAGUUCGUGGUGCAGUUGUUGGACUAAGGAGUUACCCAUGCUGCUGCGCCCUCCCACGCGACGAAAACUCAUUGACAGAGUUUAUUUACAGUUUCGCGUAGUCGUGGAUAAGGACUUUCCCCAGAUCUUCGGUGUUUUUGUUCAUUAAUCUGGAAUGCAAUGGCUAGCCCGAGCAACCAAGAAUAUUUCAGGUCCGCCAGUACUGAAUCGUCCGCCUAUAUGAUGGUUCCGACGAAGAAACGGCCAGAUACACCCUCAAAGUUGUGGCUAGCCAUGGUGGUUAUUGUCGUUGUCGUACUCCAGAUUGCUUCGACCACCGCACUCUUCGUCUAUCUGAACAUGUCGAUAUCUCAGGUGAAGAAUCAGGGCGUUACCGAGGAGCUGAAGUGCUUGAGUCUGCUGAAUGCUCUGGAUAAGCAGCAGGACAUCCCAGAAAACCUCGCCCAGCUCUUCGGAGAACCCUGCAUGAAACUGGCAGAAGGCAUCAAGGCUUACAUCUCCAAGGUGACUGAGAACAUCAUAUCAAAGCAGACAUUUCAAGAAGCGAGAUCCUUGCCUCGUACGUUCAACACAUCAGGGUCAAAGGUCAUCACCACAGUGACUCAAAGACCGUCUGCCCACCUCACUCUCCUAGAAAGCAGCCUACAGGCCCCUCAGCCGGACCUCCACCAGUCCUGCCGCCACCCGGUCCGGUCCUGGGGAACCCAGAGCUUCGGCGCUCACCUGCACAACAUGACGCUGGUUAACGGGCACCUGCGCGUGCCCCUGGACGGCCGCUACUUCCUGUACUCCCAGGUCUACUUCCGCUACCCCGCCCCCAGUGAGGGGGAGGAGUCCACCGUCAGCCACCAGCUGGUGCAGUGCGUGUACAAGAAGACCUCGUACCUGCGGCCCAUCCAGCUGCUGAAGGGCGUGGGCACCAAGUGCUGGGCGCCCGACGCAGAGUACGCCCUGCACUCGGUGUACCAGGGCGGGCUGUUCGAGCUGCGCGCGGGCGACGAGGUCUUCGUCUCCAUCUCCUCGCCCUCCUCCGUUCACGCCGACCCCUCCUCCAGCUACUUUGGGGCCUUCCGGCUCGACCUGUGAAACCCCGACCUCUCACCUCUGAACCCUUGGGGGGGCAGGAGGAAUGCGGAGGAGUUGUCAUACCUGAACGUUGGGAUGCUGUUUGCACACCUUUUCCCCCCCCCUCCCGAUUCAAUGUCACACUCUUUUAUGCUGGACGGAAAAAGAUGAGAAAGCAGAGGAAGCCUCUUUUUUUAAGAAAGAGAGGGAACAAAGGACAUUGUUGUUUAAAGACAGAUGGAAUGUAACUGAGAGCUAGAUCACAUCAUUGGUGUGGAAUGGUAGCAAACACACAGCUCAUUUAUUCUAAGAGGGCCGGGGGCUGGGAUGGACGGUCUGUGCCACAGUCCUGUGUUUAGAGCGUAGCCUGGACAAACACUACCACCCUGCAGCGUGACCUGGGUGAGGCGAGAUAGUCUGAGUUUAAUGUAUCAUGUUAAACAAGGAAACAAGAGAAGAGCGAAGGAAUGCUGAGAAGAUUCCACAAGCUGCGAGAAAUAUGCGGCACUACCAGCCACCGAUGAGGGCUCAGGAAUCUUUAGCGGGAAGAGGGGCCGUCCUUCAAUUCUGAGAUCACCUGGUCCGGCCCAACCUGCACGGCAGCAUACCGAGCUGGAACGUGAAAGCACUGCGGACUGAUAGUUAUUAUUCACAGAGGGCCACGUGCAUACAGUCAAACACGCAAACAAACACACGCACACACGCACAUGCACAUACACACACACACACAUACACGCGCACACACACAUACAUAAGAAUAAGUGAGCUCUGGCUAAAAGGAGCAUGCCUCUCCUUAAAGGUGGCUGACUGGAAGGUUUAAGCAAACUGAGUCAUCACAUGAAGAGAAAGCUGUAUUCUAGACUGACACAACAGCUGUCUGCUUUGUCCAAAAGCACACCUGGAGAUUUCCUAUCGGCUUUUGUUUCUCCCGAGCAUUCGUCUUACAUUGGUGCUUUGACAAGCGAAUCGAGCUCUUAACUAACCAGUGAACACGUUCUUUUUUAGGAUUUUCUCCUCCUUCUAUCCAACUGCUUAAUGUUUUUCCCUCUCCCUUUUCUCAGGGGGAAUGUUUAUGUAAAUAUUAUAUGUACUGUGUGACAUUCAGGGACACUAAAGGAACUGUCAGUGCGAGGCUGUGUCUGUUUCCCAUUAUGGAAGUGCAGGAUGGUAGUAAUUUUGGAAAAAGCUCAUUGUGGUUGAUAUCAUCUGAAUCUCAGCCCCAGCAGUCUGUGUAUAUUUGAAAUGGGCUGAUCUGCAGAGAUUUCCCAGAAUCUCCAUGUGCAGCUGUGUCACACAGUGUGAAAGUGCUCUGCAGCUGGACUCUCCGUAGCAAUAUUGUAAAUAAGGGAUUUUGGGUAACAUUUACAAGGGGGAUUCGGCCCAGUGAGUAGAAACAGAUUUGUUGAAACACACCAGAUACUCAGGUGCUGUUUUACUUCUGUCCUCUCUAACAGAAAGGUCAUCACAGAACGCCCAUUCCUGCUAUGUUGUAUAUGGCCACGGCCUUUAAUGAAUUUUCAGAACAUUGAUCAAAUCAGAUUGCUCCUGCUUCAGAAAUAAGUAGACAGCUGAGUAUCUGGUAAGUGUACACAAUCUGUUGUAACUAGAAAACUAUUCUGCUGUUCAUAUCAGUGCCAUGUGAUCAGAGGAAUGACAGGUGUUAGCCCCCUCAUGCUGCAUUCCUGGUAAAAAUGAAGUGGCUUUUGAUUAAUGGGUGUUUCCAUUUUGCCCCAAACACUUUCAGAUUUAAACUAACUGAUUAUUCCAUGAGGAAACAUCUGGCAGUAGUGUAACUUUGUAAGUGUAAACAAGUGUAUCUAUGUGUGUGUGUGUGAGAGAGAGACAGAGAGAGAGAGAGAGAGUGUGCACAAGUAUUUUAUAUAGAAAAUAAAAUAGGAGGAAAAUAUUCUUUAGGUACCUCUAAAAUUCAAACCACAAUCUCAAAAAUCACAAGGACUUUUUAAUGCAAAAUAUGUCUCACAACAUAUAUCACAAUAAACACUUCAAUGAACACUUCAAAACUUGUGCCUAGAGCAAUAAAAAAUCAAUGUUUUUGACUUGAGGUUGUGGUGAUGGCUGGUACCAAAGAAAUACUGCCAGGAAUAUCUUUUAUUGUUUUAAUCUGUCAUUACGUUUUGUGGGUGUUAGAAAGGAGGUGGAUGUGUGGUACAUUUGGUUUAUCGUUAUAGGCUUUUCUUUCCCAAUUUGAGCACAUUUGAGACAAAUCAUGAAUCACAUAGCCUAAUUCAGUUCCCAGUCACUAAAAUCUGAGUUAGCUUAAAACUAAAAGUAUUGUACAAGACCUGAGCUUUUGACAUGAAUUAAAAACUUUGUUACCACUCCUGUACCUUUUGUAUGACUCCGACACUGUCCAUGAAUGUUUUAAUUUGGAUAAAUUAUGAAUGUACUGCUUAUAAACAUCUGUAUUGUUUUCUUAAUGUUUCAGCGGUGUCUUUGAAAGUGCAAUUGUUUUCCAACCAGAUUUUUCUGUGUAAUUUGAAACAAUAAAUGGCUGUUCUCAGAUGAA